GCGGAGAGUGACCCUCAGGGUUGUGUGCGCUGAGCGGAGGCUCAGGCCAGGCCGGGACGCGCUAGCCCCUUGAGCAGGGGCAGGGGGUGGUGGGGGCUGGAGUCUUGUGGGGUGGAGGCUGAGCUGGCUGGGGAGGGGUCUGUGGGACACUGAGAUUUGGUGAGUUAUAACGGGCUUGGGGGGAUUCCCCCUUCCAGACUAGGGAUUCUCGGGGGGCUGUGAUGCUCGUGGGGAAAAGUCAGUUUGUUUACUCCUCCUCGCUCACAUCCAAAAAGCUGUGAGCUUUGUAGUUAAAAAUUUAAUCUGGACACCCCCCUAUAUGGUUGUAAAAGAAGAAUUCGAGUAAUAAAAGACUUUAAAAAUUGAAGUUGGCAAACGUACAUGGAUUUGAUUGGCUAAAAAAUUAUUUCUGUGCAGAUGGGAAGCAUCAGCGUGGCCAGCAUGUAAUUAUUUUUACACAUCUAGAAUAGUAGCUAGAGUCAUUAAAGAUCUCACCUUAUGCACUGGCAAUAAUGUAUUUAAAGAUGUAUCUGCUUAGUAGGAGAGCAUACAGUGGCUUGCUUUUCAGUCAAAGUUCCAUGGCAACUUGCCUUAGAAGAGGCAAAAGUUUAAUCAAGCCUUGUAUAUGUAGAAAUAUCAGCCUCUCCUGUCAGAGAUAUACAGUUAUGGCAUCGUGGAUAAUAGAUAGAUAUGGGCGAAAUGAUGUGCUACGAUUUACAAAUAACAUGAUGUUCCCUGUAAUACAUUUUCCAAAUGAAGUCAUUAUUAAAGUCCAUGCUGCAAGUUUAAACCCUAUAGAUGUUAAUAUGAGAAAUGGUUAUGGAGCAGCUGCUUUAAAUGCAAAACGUGAUCCACUGAAAUUGAAAAGCGCCAGGAGUGAAUUUCCUCUAACACUUGGUCGAGAUGUAUCUGGUGUAAUUAUGGAAUGUGGUCUAAAUGUGUCCUAUUUCAAACCUGGAGAUGAGGUAUGGGCAGCAGUUCCUCCCUGGAAGCAAGGCACUAUAUCAGAGUUUGUUGUAGCUAGUGGAAAUGAGAUCUCUCACAAGCCCAAGUGUCUCAGUCACAUAGAAGCUGCCUCCAUACCAUAUGUCGGUCUAACAGCAUGGUCUGCAAUGAACCAAAUUGGGGGACUGAACCAAGAUAAUUGCAGUGGGAAACGAAUAUUAAUUUUCGGCGCUUCAGGUGGAGUUGGUACCUUUGCUAUCCAGCUAAUGAAAGCUUGGGGUGGUCAUGUGACAGCAGUUUGUUCUCAGGAUUCCAGUACCCUGGUGAAAAAGCUUGGAGCAGAUGAUGUGAUUGAUUACAAAUCUGGAGAUGUAGCAGAGCAACUGAAAAUGUUACCAUUGUUUGAUUUCAUCCUAGAUAAUGUUGGUGGACCUACUGAAAAAUGGUCUCCAGAUUUACUCAAGAAAUGGUCAGGAGCCACAUAUGUUACUUUGGUAACACCCUUUCUACUGAAUGUAGACAGGCUUGGAGUAGCUGAUGGCAUGCUGCAAACAGGAGUCACGAUUGGAAGCAAAGCUGUAAAGCACCUCUGUAAAGGAAUCCAUUAUCGAUGGGCAUUUUUCACACCGAGCGGCCAAUCUUUGGAUGAGAUAGCAAAACUGGUUGAAUCAGGAAAGACAAUCCAUGGUAGAAAAAUUAAGGACCGAAGACAGCAGAGCCUGAGAGAUCUCUUCACAACAGACUUGAAGCACAAUGCAUGAGAAGCUGGCAGCACUGCACCUGUGCAGAGGAGCUUCACUAUAAACAUGUAAACAGGGAACUUUGCAGAUAGUUUCACUAAA